UCUCAGCAUGGUAAAUUGCAGAAGCUCUCCGACCACUACACACCCCCAGGUCAAUACCUACAGGACCCCCAACACAGAACCAAGCCAAGACAGCCGCUCCAAACUACGAUUCCGAAUGAUCGCCUAUCACCACUAAGUGGAACUACCUCAGUAAGAAACAAUGACUACGCGACGACCUUCUUAAGUGCUAUAUCAAAGCUAUAG